AUGCCUCUCGUGACUCGUAAUGGUGUUUACCCUUACGAGUAUACUAGCAGUUGGUCGAAACUUGACGAGACCACCUUACCACCAAAAACUGAAUUUUAUAGCUCAUUAACGGAGACUUCUAUCGAAGAGGAUGAAUACGAGCAUGCUAUCAAAGUCUGGAACCAUUUCAAUUGUCGCUCACUCGGAGAGUAUAGCGAUCUUUAUCUCAAGAUCGACAUACUUUUACUUGCAGAUGUCUUUGAAAAUUUUAGAGUUAUUUGUAUUUCUACAUACAAAUUAGAUCCAGCUCAUUAUUUUACAGCUCCAGGUUUCAGCUUUGAUUGCAUGCUAAAAUAUACAUCGAUAAAACUAGAUCUAUUAUCAGACUAUGAUAUGCUACUAUUGAUUGAAAAAGGCAUACGAGGUGGACUGACACAAGCUAGUAUGAGAUAUGGCAAGGCAAAUAAUCACCGAACACCUCAUCAUGACGAAUCUAAAUCUAACACACGGAUAGUUUAUCAGGAUUGUAAUAAUUUAUAUGGUUGGGCAAUGACCCAAUACCUUCCGUAUGGUGAAUUUAAAUGGGUCGAGCCAUCGCUAAAUGGUUUGAAUGACUUGAACGAUACUUCCGAAAUAGGCCGUAUAUAUGAAGUGGAUAUAUCAUAUCCUCAACAUUUGCAUGAUGAACAUAAUGACUUGCCGUUUUUGCCCUAUAACGGUAUACCACAUCUAUCUAUCUAA